AUGGAAGGCGCAUAUGACGAUCCGACCAAUGCUGGUCGCGCGCCUAACUCACCGCGACCAGAGAGUGAGCCUGCAUCGUCGUCACGCCAUGCACACCAAGCAAUCCCGCAACCUCGAUACAUGACCGUUGGCACUGGUUCUCAAUCGCAAUAUGCGCAGUCGUUGAUGGAAAGAUUAGAAAGAGAUUCAGGAUAUGGCAGCAUGCCCAGUGGGAGUCAAUUUGGUGGCGAUCUUGCAUCUUGGGAGGAUGAGCUUCUACAGGACCGACCAACACCAGUGCAUACACCUCGAGGCCCUGGACAAUCUGGCAUGUCUGAGAACGAGAAGAGAGCGCUAGCCAGUCAUGUUCAUCAGCUAUAUUACAAUCAGAACCGAGUUGCGCUCGCCAAAGCCAUCAGUCAGACUAUUGAGUUGCUCAAGCAAUUGCAGGACAUGAACCACAAAUGGCCUGCGCACUACCCUACUGUGCAAGGCGCACAGCAAGGCAAAAAGAAAGAGCUAUCGCAUUCCUCCAGGCCAACGCUUUCGCACAGUUUCUCCACACGCGAUCGCCUGGAUGGAGAGCGAUCAUUUCCAUUGGCUUCUUCCCACCGACCGACUCCUCUACGCAGAGCUGAAACGACCAGACCGGAACCCACAGCUGAGUCGAGCUCGGCGGUUGAACGAAAGCCAAAGGAAGAGCCACGUCUCAUGACACCUCAAAUUGCACAGGAAUUCUCCAUCCUCAAACUGGAUCUGAAGGUCGGAUCGCUAUCACAAGCAGAACUCGUGCAUUCGCUGGAGAAAAGGUCGAUCGCCUCUCUACUCGAUGGCAAAAUCAGCGCAAGUGUAAGGCACUUGCUCUCCCUGAGAGAUCGUAUAGAAGAUACCGCCAGCAAGGUACUGGUAACCGGAGACCUGAACGCUGGAAAGUCAACCUUCUGCAAUGCUCUACUGCGGCGCAAGAUCCUGCCGGAGGACCAACAGCCUUGUACAGCGAUAUUUUGUGAGGUGCUUGACGCCAAGGAAAACGGAGGCAUUGAAGAAGUCCACGCUAUUCCACAGGAUGUUGUAUAUGAUCGCAACGACGAAAGCACUUACGACACCUAUUCUCUAGAUGAUCUAGAAAAAAUUGUGAUUGACAACGACAAGUACAUGCAGUGCAAGGUCUAUGUCAAGGAUGCACGAGCCAUCGACGAGUCUCUCUUGAACAACGGUGUGGUGGAUAUAUCCUUGAUCGACGCUCCAGGUCUCAAUGCAGACUCAGUCAAGACCACAGCAGUAUUUGCUCGCCAGGAAGAGAUUGACGUGGUGGUCUUUGUGGUGUCAGCAGCCAAUCAUUUUACCUUGUCGGCAAAGGAAUUCAUCUGGCAGGCAGCGCACGAGAAAGCCUACAUCUUUAUGGUCGUUAAUGGUUUCGACAAUAUCCGAGACAAGCAGAGGUGCCAGAAGAUGAUAUUAGAACAACUUGCUAAGUUGAGUCCACAGACCUUCAAGGAAGCUUCCGAGCUCGUACACUUUGUCUCAAGCAAUGCUGUUCCUACGAGAGCAGCCAUUACAGCAUCCAGCGGUGGCGGAGGUGGUGGAUCGGAUCCUAGCCCUGAUGAUAACGAUGGCGAUGAUCCUCUCCCUUCAGGCAAGCACGAGGGUUCUGAAUCAAGCGACAAAGGCAAGGACAAAGACAAGGAGAAGAUCGAAGAUUUCGAAGAGCUCGAGGCUGCUUUGCGGAGAUUCGUACUUGAGAAGCGAGCUCGGUCGAAGCUUGCGCCUGCAAAGACAUACCUUCUGAACUGUUUGGGUGACAUGAAUGUUCUCGCAACUGUCAAUCGUGAUGUCGCGCAGUCUGAGCUGGACCGUGUAUCCAAUGAGCUCGCCGAGCUCGAACCACAGUAUCAAGAAAAAACAAAGCAGAAGACCAUUGUGUCGGAACAGCUUGAAAAAGACACUGAGACGGCAGUCAAGGAUGUGUACGACCAUACACGAUCUACUCUGUCGAGCACAAUAUCGACCGUGGGUCAAGCCGAUUUGGGUAUUGAAUACCCAGGUAUCUUCUCGGCUUUCCAGUACGCAGACGAUCUACGCAUAGCAAUGCUUGACCAAAUAACCGCGUCCGUUCGAUCAUGCGAGGACCACGCUCGCGCAAGCACAAUCAAAGGUGUCAGCAUGAUAAAAUCCUUAGGAAUGCUGCACAUUGGCAACUCGUAUGAGAAUCUGAACUUUCGAGCUGACAUGAUGUUUUCGAGACGAAAGGACGCCUUGGCCCGCACAGUCGAUACCGAUAUCGAGAUCUGGGACUUCUUCGAUGUAGCUGGAUUAUGGGAGCGACAAGAAAAGGUUGUUGGAUCAGGCAUGGCAUUGACCCUUGUGGGCACAUUGGGCACUCGAGCAGUCGGUGGAAUGGGCUGGGUCAAUGGUGCUUUUGGAGCAGUCAGAGUGCUGGGAUCCCGCAAUCUGCAAAGACUUGCGGUUCCUGGUGCAAUUGCCAUUACUGUGGCCGCAGUUGCCUAUAUCUUAUCUACAAUCCCACAAACCCUACCUCCUCGACUCGCUCGGAAGUUGUCAGCACAGCUUGCAGCUAUGGACUAUACACAUUCCAACUCCAGCAGGAUCUCAGCUGAAGUGAGAAGAGUUUUGAAAUUCCCGGCACAGCAACUUUCCAUCGACUUGCAAAAUAACGUUGAGGAGCUACGACAGAAGAAGGAGGAUGUCACCAAGGUCAAGCAGGAGUCAGAUAUUGCGAGGAAGUACUUCAGCAACCUGGUGAGAGAUACAACAGAAGGACGUCGUCGCGUACAGGCGGUCGACCUGGAAGGCCCAAUUCCUGGCGCAGCUGGUGCUUACGUUUCAUGA